AUGGCUUAUAGAAUAGAAACUCAAACAAUUGAAUUAUUCAACGAUUUUUCAAAUGAAUUAGAAAAAUCUUUGAGUACAGCAGCAAGAAAAGAACCAUUAUAUAAAACAAAUUAUUCAGCAUGCCAAUGUAUUGUUACUGAAUUUAUUAAAAUAAUUCGAUACACAUGGUUAUCAAAGAAAGAUUCAUCUCUUGAACAAAGUGUUUUCUUUAGUUUAAAUGGUUAUUCAACAUUAAAUAAAAUGAUUGAACUAACAGUGACACGUGAUAAGCCAGUACUUGCAUCUGAAAGAUAA